AUGAGUCGUGUCCCCCGUGGGUCAGUCUUGGAACUGGUGUUCUUCAGCAUCUUUAUCAAUGGCCUGGAUAGUGGGAUUGAGUGCACCCUCAUCAGGUUUACUAAUGACACCAAGCUGACUGGUCCAGCUGAUACAACAGAUGGAAAGGAUGCCAUCCAGAGGGACCUGGACAGACUUGAAAAGUGGGCCCAUGAGAACCUAAUGAGGUUCAACAAGGCCAAGUGCAAGGUUGUGCCCUUGGGUUGGGGCAAGCCUAGGUACCGAGAGGCUAUUCACAAGUGGGAUGAAGCACUUCAGUUAACUCCAGAGGAUGCUACGCUUUAUGAAAUGAAGUCACAGGUCCUGAUGUCUUUACAUGAAAUGUUCCCAGCAGUACAUGCAGCAGAAAUGGCUGUCCAGCGAAACCCACGUUCCUGGGAUGCCUGGCAGACUUUGGGACGUGCCCAGCUUGGAUUAGGAGAGAUAGCACUGGCAAUCAGAAGUUUCCAGGUAUCCUUACACAUCUUUCCAAUGAACCCUGAAGUAUGGAAAGAGGAUCUUUCCUGGGCAAGAAAACUACAUGAACAGCAGAAGGCAACAAAGACUGAGUCAGUGCAAGCACUAGUAAAAGAAAAAGAGCUCACACAGGAAUCAAUCCCAGACUAUGACUUUGAAAGUGAUGAAAUUGUGGCAGUCUGCGCUGCCAUCGCAGAGAAGGAGAAAGCUCUUUCAGCAGCUAGAACAGCAGUGAUUGUGUCUGCUUCAGGCACAGUAGAGACUGUUACUGAGAAGGAGAAUUGUCCUACAACUCCUGAUGAAACCCUUUUCAUCAGAGCCCGAUAG